UUAUCUUAUGUAGAAACAAAACACAAUUAAAAACCCCACCACUGUUGUCUGACAGAGACUCAAAUCCUGCCGCGGCUUUAUCUUCAGAUCAAGUAAACAAAGCAGUUCCAUACGCGUAGAUUGCUUUAAACUAAUCUCUUUUACACCAAAUCUCAAUCUGGGUCUCUCUCCCUUUUAGCCGCCUCCUCCUCCACUUCAAUCCUCCAUUCAUUUUUCCCCUUCUCAAUAGUAUAAUUUUAUCUGCUUCUGACAGAGCUUGUUGGGAGUGUUUUUUUUUUAUUGAUUCCCAUUUGUAUUUUAAAUUCUUGUUUUGUUAGUGACUGUCUCUAAAACAUGUGGGGUUUUAUUCUUUGCCUCCUAAACAAAGGCAAAUGCUUAUCUUUUUGGAUCUAAAGUUGUGAUUUUUGGGGUAUAAUAUGGAGCAUGUUUAUUUAUAGUUUAUCUCUUUUCUAUCAAAGUGGUAUCCUGCUUUCCAUUUCUUUAACUUGACUAGUUAGCUGUUUACUCUGCUUCAAAAGAGCGAUAGCUUAACUUUUGGUCUUGUUCAGUUUGUUGAUGUUAUUUCAUCUACUUUUAGUAUAGAGUAAGAAAUGGGAUCUAGUAAUGUGUUUUACUCUGGAGAGUUCAAUUUGGAUGCCAAGUGGCUCGUUGAUCCUAAGCUUCUAUUUGUUGGGCCAAAGAUUGGAGAAGGUGCUCAUGCUAAAGUAUAUGAAGGGAAGUACAAGAAUCAAAAUGUUGCCAUUAAAAUUGUACAUGGAGGAGAAACCCCAGAAGAGAUUGCCAAGAGACAAGCUCGGUUUGCAAGAGAGGUUGCAAUGUUAUCUAGAGUUCAACACAAAAAUCUAGUGAAGUUUAUUGGUGCUUGCAAGGAGCCUGUCAUGGUGAUAGUAACUGAGCUUCUUUUAGGUGGGACAUUGCGCAAAUACUUGCUGAACAUGCGACCAAGGUGCUUGGAAAUGCGUGUUGCUUUUGGGUUUGCUCUUGAUAUUGCUCGUGCUAUGGAAUGCUUACACUCCCAUGGGAUCAUUCAUCGUGACCUAAAACCUGAGAACUUGAUCUUGACUGCAGACCAUAAAACAGUUAAACUUGCAGAUUUUGGUUUAGCCAGAGAAGAGUCAUUGACAGAGAUGAUGACUGCUGAAACAGGGACAUACCGGUGGAUGGCACCAGAGCUUUACAGCACAGUCACAUUAAGACAUGGUGAGAAGAAACACUAUAAUCACAAGGUGGAUGCUUAUAGCUUUGCGAUAGUGUUGUGGGAGCUCAUCCAUAAUAAAUUGCCUUUUGAAGGCAUGUCAAAUCUACAGGCAGCUUAUGCAGCUGCUUUUAAGAAUGUGAGACCCAGUGCUGAAAACCUCCCAGAGGAUUUGGCUUUGAUUGUGACCUCAUGUUGGAAAGAAGAUCCAAAUGCUCGGCCCAACUUCAGCCAAAUUAUACAGAUGCUCCUGCAUUAUCUUUCUACCAUUUCAGCACCAGAGCCCGCCAUCCCUGCUAGGAUAUUCACAUCUGAGAAUGCAGUUUUUCCCCCGGAGUCUCCUGGUACAAGUUCCUUAAUGGCUGUAAGAGAUGACUCAGGGGAAACCCCAAGAACCCAGAUAGAAGACAAGCCGAGAGGUUUCUUUUUCUGCUUUAACCAAUGUUACUGAUCCCUCCUGAUACACAAAGUCGUUUCUGGAGGUAUUUAGGUACAUUCAAAUAAGCAAGUCUCAGAUAUUAGAAUAUACUUACAUGUUUGAAAAAAAAAAAUGUCAAUCUAGUUAGUUCAGUUGCAGUAGGAAGCUACUCUCAUCUGAUUAUUAACUUUUCCACACUUCUCCCCAUGAAUAUUAGUCUGGUCCGACUUGUGUAUUUAGGGUUUCGGAGUUGGGGUUGCUGUGAUGAUUUAUCAUUAUUGUAAAAUAAGGUCCGUCCAAAGGCCUUUACUCCUGUUGUUCAUCAAGAAUAUACAUGACUAUGUUAGAGUUGA